AACUUGUACUGUUUAAACUUCAUAAAUGAGUCAGAAUAUUAAUUCCUAUAAAAAAGACAGAAGAGCAAAAACAUAAAGGAGUAGUUUGGUCCAUUCUCCUUACCAAUACAUGAGAAUAAAAAGUUCAAUCUCUGAAUCUCUCUGCUUCUAACAUAAACUCCAGUGCUCUUGGAGACAAAGCAAACCAUUCUUCUUUUGCCAUCUUUUUCAACUUUAUAGUAUUGUCCUUAUUCUCUAUCGAUCAUUUGUAAUGGCUGAAAUUGCAUCAAACGAUGGAAACAUAGAGGCAGGUCCAAAUGUAGUGAACUUUAAUUCCUCCAAAAAGUCUAAUGAUUGUGUUCCCCUUUUGCACAAGGUGGUAGCAGAGGUGAUUGGCACCUACUUCAUGGUGUUUGCAGGGUGUGGUGCGGUGGUGGUGAACCUUAACAACGACAAGGUGCUCACACUUCCUGGGAUUGCAAUUGUUUGGGGACUCACAGUCAUGGUGUUGAUUUACUCUGUUGGUCACAUCUCUGGUGCUCAUUUCAAUCCUGCUGUCACCCUUGCUCAUGCUUCCACCAGAAGGUUCCCUUUGAAACAGGUACCAGCUUAUAUAGUAGCUCAAUUAAUUGGAUCCACACUUGCGAGUGGAGCCCUGAGACUUAUGUUCAAUGGCAAAGAUGACCAUUUCGUAGGAACACUCCCUGCUGGUUCUGACCUUCAAGCUUUUCUUAUUGAGUUCAUAAUCACUUUCCAACUCAUGUUUGUUAUUUCUGCAGUAGCCACAGAUAACAGAGCGAUUGGUGAGUUGGCUGGAAUUGCAGUUGGGUCAACGAUAAUGAUAAAUGUGUUGUUUGCCGGGCCAAUCACCGGAGCAUCAUUGAAUCCAGCAAGAAGCCUAGGACCUGCAAUUGUGCACAAUAAUUACACAGCAUUGUGGAUAUAUUUGGUGUCGCCUGUUAUGGGAGCAAUGGCUGGUACUUGGGUUUAUGAUUUCAUCAGGUGCAAGUGCUGACCCUCAUGAGUGUCCUUUUCUCAAAUGAGUUACAAGAAGAAAUGGAGCUAGCUGAGUGAUAUAACAUCAUGAUUGUUCUUUUCUCUUCAUUUUCUUACUUCAUUUGAAUCACCAUUUAUUAGGGUCCAAUUAGAUUAGACCGGCAGCAUAUGUAUACCAUGUAAUAGAGCAGCUAAAAUAACAACAAAAAAGUUUCUUCUUUCCAUGCGUUGUUGCAACAAUCACUAGCAGGCCCAAGUUUGGCAAGGUUUACACUAGGAGGCCCAAAACCUGUGACAGCUGCCCUAAUGAUAAUUCCUUCUAGAAGGUUAUAGAUUCUAAAUAACAACCUGGUGAGGUGUCCAGGCCAUAGAGUGGGGACCAGAGUCUAUAGACUAAGGAUAUAUAUGGUCAGUUAUAGAGAGAUGAAGGUAGGCUGGUUUUUGGCUGGGAAAUUAGGAGAACCAGAGCUUCUCGAAUUGCUCUAUUUUCUUUCUUGUCAUUUCUGUAUUCCUGCAAACACUGCUUCUGGAAUUCAUAUUCCAGGGGAUUCAGUGCUAAUUAAUAUACAAAUCACUUCUGUUUC